CACACGCAUGCGUCAACAGUUCUUAGGCAACUUACACCAUUUCUGUCAACUUACGCCGGCCGUAUAUUGUUGAUAUGAGAAUAAAGAUAACAUAAAAAUAAAACAAAACUGAACCGAUAAACGAUUAACAUUAGAUUUACAAUAAUGCUGUCCGCUAGUGAAAACUUUCAGUUAAUGUGACACAGUUCUUAUUACAAAGUAGAUAUAUAAAUAUAGUAAAAUUGGAAAUGUGAGAAAAGUGUUUGCCAAUAUUUUAUCCCCGAUACCUUCUGUCAAUAUUUUAAUAGGUAUUAGGGGUAUUGAUAAUUGAAGAUUGUAGGUAUACUUAAAUGUUUAAACAUAAAAAAAAAUGAAAACGUGUAACUAGCAAAUAUUUUCGGUAUAAUCUUAGCUCUGGUUUGAAAAAAAACUUAAAAACAGAAUUCUAAUUGAAUUUAUUCACCGUCUUUAUUGGACCAAAUAUUAUUUUAACGGUAGGAAAAUUGGAAAUUGAUGGAUGAUGAUUUAUAAAAUGGAGCGAGAGAGAAGAAAGUGAAAUACUUGAACAUUUUGAAGAGGAUGAAUGAAACUUUAGGACGCGGGUACGCCCGCAUCGAAGCGAUUCGAGCCGCACGAGGCGAAGCCCUAACGAUGCCGGAACCUGGAGCGCCGCCCCCAGACCGAUCUAACUCUGUCUACUUGACUUUAUUUGUAGCUGGUGCUGCGUUCUUACUACCGUUUAACAGUUUCAUAAUGGCGGUGGAUUACUUCCAGCAUCACUACCCCAAGACAACGAUAAUGUUCGACAUGUCGACCGUGUACAUCGUGUCCGCUUGCGUGGCUGUCAUCACCAAUAACAUCCUGCUUGACCUCUUCACUUAUAACACCAGGAUCACUUUUGGUAUAUUGCUGUCCCUCGCGACGAUGCUUUUUGUUGCGAUCUGCAACAUCGGUUGGGACGGUUUCUCGCUGAGCGUGUCUUACACCAUCAACCUGGUUGCCAUAGGAGUGGUGGCUUUUGGGUGUACAAUCCAACAAGCUUCGUAUUACGGUUUCACCGGCUGUCUGCCACCUCGGUACACGCAGGCUGUGAUGGCGGGGGAAAGCGCAGCUGGAUUCUGGGUCUCAUUAGAUAGAAUCGUCACCAAGUAUGGAUUUGAUCAACCCAAACGCAGCACACUAAUGUUCUUCGUGUUUUCAAUUCUGAUCCUACUCGGUCACUCUAUGUUGCACCAUGUCAUGAUGCGACAUCCACUUGUGCAAUAUUACCUGCGCCUGACGAACGAAUCGCGGCAUAGACGUCGUAUACAACUUCAUCUGAACCCCACUGAAGAUGCCACUUUGAUGGAAAGCGAAGCUGGUGAACCUAGUUACGGAGUGCUGAAGCUGCAAAGCCCGGCACCUUCAACUGGAGUUGCCGAAGCUGAAAAUACGUUCAGUUUUUCGAACCCUGUAUACUCGCCCACGGCCACAGCGCCUGUGCCGCUCGUAUCACCCCCGCAGAGUGUGUCGGAACAAUCGGGCUCACCGUCAGCCACCCUCCGGACUCCGAGGCCUUCGUAUAAAGUUGAAGAUGUAGUCUUCGAAUCACCCGAGAGGCCUACUUCAUGGCGAAACUUCAAACGUGGUGUUUUAGCUCGUUGGGCCGUAGCUCGGGCCAUCUAUCCGUACAUGGUGUCUAUUGGUCUAGUAUACUUCACGACUCUGAGUCUAUACCCCGGUAUCGCAUCAGAAGUCCCUUCAUGUCGACUUGGGUCUUGGAUGCCGAUAGUACUGAUGUCCGCAUUCAACUUCUUCGAUUUUAUUGGAAAGAUAGCAGCAGCGUGGCCGUACGAAUGGAGUCGCAGUCAGUUAUUGAUGGCCAGUGGUGUGCGCCUUCUAUUGGUCCCUCUUAUGUUAUUAUGUGCGGCCCCUCGACAUUCGCCACACAUCGUUGGAGACGUUUAUCCAAUAAUGUUUUCCGUUGUAUUAGGCUUCACAAAUGGUCUAUUUGGAUCUGUGCCCAUGAUAAUGGCACCAUCGCGUGUUGGAAGGGAGCAUAGAGAAAUUGCAGGUAACAUGAUGACUCUGUCCUACAACGGCGGUCUACUGUCAGGGUCUUUAGUAUCCUACUUACUAUUGAGUAUGCUAGGUGAGCCGGCAGACAUGUGCCGCAUAUACCCAACCCCCGUUUUACCCACCAUACCACCUGUACCAGCUACCAAUGGGAACGCCACUCUUGUACUCGCUGCUAUACAUUAAAAACAUAAUAUUUGACACCCACCACGUAUGUAGGUACUUAGUUAAAACUAAAGCACUGUGAUCAUCCUCAACCUCACUUCAAGAAGCCCUCGGUAACCUGGGCGGUCUAUACUCGGCUUCUGGAGCGAGCUUGGAUGGCUGGAGUGAAGACUUCG